CGUUGUUCAACGUUAACUCUCAUAUUCUGUUGCAGCACUGCCUUUACCAUAUCAGGGUUUGAGGCUUGAGCUGCUUCACACUAUAGCUCCUAAUGGAAACACCGGGCGCCAGAGAAGCCAUAGAGACACCGAUCACAAUCCUGCUACUCGGUGACGCAGGAUGUGGGAAAUCGACCUUUCUAUCGGGUUUAAAGUGCAUUAGAGGCCAAAAGCCGGGAAGCAGCCUAAAGGAACCAAUAGAGCUUCUCCAUGAUACCGACCAACCUUUCGUAUAUGAAAUAAAUUUCUCCAAAAAGUCAUUUACACUUGAGAUAUAUGACACGGAGAACCCUAAUCAGCACUGGACUACGCUUCAACCGGAUGUGGUGCUCUUGGCAUUUGAUAUCUCGAAUCGAAAGACUUUGGACGGUCUUAAGGGGUGGCGAAGCGAUGUUAUCCGUUACUUUCAGCAGGGAGAAGGCGAGCGAAUUCCCGUCAUGAUGGUUGGUUUGAAGAGAGAUCUGAGAAAGCCUGGUGAAGGUCUUAUUUAUCCUCAAGAAACAUACAGAAUUGCACAAGAGCUGCGCUGUGAUCGGUAUGCAGAAUGCUCCGCUGUUACUGGGGAGCUCAUGACGCAGGCUUUUGAGGAUUUAGCGAGGCUUGCGUACAUGACUACUACGGCCGAAGGUGGCCAGACGAAAGGGGGCUGCGUUGUUAUGUGAGGAUCGGUGAAGCGAAUUUCUUGUACACAAGUGUUUUGAUACCCAUUUUGACUACAAGUGGAGCAGGGAUCUAUAAAUUUAUCGAGUCGCAAAAAAAGGCCGUUCCGUUAAGCUCAUACGCUUACUACGAAUGGAUCCAUGGAUAUUGGGGGACGGAAUGGUAGCUUGCAUCACUUUCAAUUACGAGUAUAACAUACAGGGAGAAACCAAGGUAACGAUUAAGUCCACCUUGUGAAAUUGACGGUACAGGGCUUUCCCCCAGAAGUUCAUUGAUAAAAGAACAACUGGAUAUCUUUCCCUCAUAAGUGCCGAUCAAUCAUUGACAAAUAAUUCCUCCCCGAUGCACCAUAAACAAGACGUAACGGCGGGCUGAAGGUAUAAAAGAUGAUUCGUAGCAGCAUACCAUAAAAAAGUGGGUA